CCCACUUUUGUUUACUUUUCGUUCAUAAUAUUUUGAUUGACUGAAAAAAUAUAUAAAAUUGGGAAAUGGACUUGGAUUUGUCACGCACAGAUAUGAUAGAACAUCUUAAAAUGAGGGGAAUAUAUGUGCCCGAUGCAGAGGGUUUGCCAAUGGAGCAGCUAGAAGAUAUCUACCGGGGAUUCGUGGUCCCCAGGCCGAAAAGAGAGCGGGAGCGCGGGCGGGAUCCUAAACCGAUUCCCAUGGAGAUGGAGCAGUUGACUCAGCGGAUCAAGUCGGUGGCGGUGGUGGGUCGAAAAAGAGCACAACCCCCGGCAGAUAGCGAUACGGCAAAGCAAUUUAGAAUGGACCGGAGCUGA